AUGCUUCGGGUAGCUGCUCGCGCUGCAAUUCGUCUCGGUGGAGCUCACGGUCGUGAGCUCCCCGAGUACGUGGUCCUUCCUCAUAAUCAGCAGAGGUAUGGCCGCGAUAAAAGUUAUGACUAUUUUACUUGUCUGUGGCACUUCCCCAAGAUGGUAUUCACUGAGAAGUGGUGCUAUACGAAUAUUAUGUGGUUCGUGUUCUGGACCGGUUUUUGGUUUAUUCCCAAUUACAUUUGGUGGGAAAGGCGGUAUGCUUAUCAGAAGGCAGGCUUCCAUUGGGAGCACACGAACAGGAAGCUGCAAGCACGCAAAGAGGCGUUGGGUAUGGAGAAGGUGCCGGCAAGCGGGAUGGACUGGCCUAGUGGGUAG